AUGGGGGAGGAAAAUGAACUGGGAAUAUUAUCCUGGCUUAAUUUCAGCCACUGGAAUAUCCUUACUCCUGACUUUGAUGGACUGAAUAACCCCAAUGUGGAAAGUGAUUCCACAUCAGAAACCAACUUUCCUGCCUCCAAAGAAGAGUCCAGGGAUCCUCCAGAUCAUCAAGUCGUACACAGACCCUUCCCGAGGCAGCGAUUCCGACAAGAGACUGGGCACCCUUCGUUGCAAAGAGAUGGCCCCAGGUCCUUUCUUCUGGAUCUGCCAAACUUUCCAGAUCUUUCCAAAGCUGACAUCAAUGGGCAGAACCCAAACAUUCAGGUCACCAUAGAAGUGGUCGACGGUCCUGACUCUGAAGCAGACAAAGACCAGCAUCCAGAGAAUAAGCCCAGCUGGUCAGUCCCAUCCCCUGACUGGCGGGCCUGGUGGCAAAGGUCCAUGUCCUUGGCAAGGGUGAACAGCGGGGAUCAGGACUACAAGUAUGACAGUACUUCAGAUGACAGCAACUUCCUCAACCCUCCCAGGGGGUGGGACCGUCCAUCCCCAGGUCACCGGACUUUUGAAACCAAAGAGCAGCCAGAAUAUGAUUCCACAGAUGGUGAGGGGGACUGGAGUCUCUGGUCUGUCUGCAGCGUCACCUGUGGGAACGGCAACCAGAAACGGACCCGGUCUUGUGGCUAUGCAUGCACAGCAACAGAAUCGAGGACAUGUGACCAUCCAAACUGCCCAGGAAUUGAAGACACCUUCAGGACAGCUGCCACUGAAGUGAGUCUGCUUGCGGGAAGUGAGGAGUUUAAUGCCACCAAACUGUUUGAAGUUGACACAGACAGCUGUGAGCGAUGGAUGAGCUGCAAAAGUGAGUUCUUGAAGAAGUACAUGCACAAGGUAAUCAAUGACCUUCCCAGCUGCCCCUGCUCCUAUCCCACCGAAGUGGCCUACAGCACAGCAGACAUCUUUGACCGCAUCAAGCACAAGGACUUCCGAUGGAAGGAUGCCAGUGGACCCAAGGAGAAGUUAGAGAUCUACAAGCCCACAGCCCGGUACUGCAUCCGUUCCAUGCUGUCCCUAGAGAGCACUACACUGGCUGCUCAGCACUGUUGCUAUGGUGACAAUAUGCAACUCAUCACCAGGGGCAAAGGGGCAGGGACACCCAAUCUUAUCAGCACAGAGUUCUCGGCAGAGCUCCACUACAAAGUGGACAUUCUGCCUUGGAUUAUCUGCAAGGGUGACUGGAGCAGGUAUAAUGAGGCUCGACCUCCCAACAAUGGACAGAAGUGCACAGAGAGUCCUUCAGAUGAAGAUUACUUCAAGCAGUUCCAAGAGGCCAGGGAGUAUUAA